AUGGCGACUCAACGAACAAGCCUCCGAACUCUGACCAGCUUGUUCGCCAAACGAAGCGUUUGUUUCUGCUCUCCACCGAAUAGACUGAGCGCAAUACACCCAUACAGUCGCGGAUACGCUACAGAUACCGAGCCAAAAGAGUCCAUAGACGCAGCCAUUGCUAGUGACGCUCCUUCACAUCUCAAUCCGUCACCCGAAGACUACUCCCGGUUCAUCUUUCAAGAUCGUUGCCGCUCGACGAUUUAUGCCGGCGACGGUGGGAACGGUUGCGUCUCGUUUCAGAGGGAAAAGUAUAUUCCCGAAGGGCCACCAAAUGGCGGUGAUGGCGGCAGUGGUGGCAGUGUCUAUAUUCAAGCCGUUGAAGGGCUCACCAGUCUACACAAGCUUGCUCGGAGUGGGGUAAUCAGAGCAACCAGAGGCAAGAAUGGUCAAGGAAAAAGUAAAGGUGGUAAACGUGGUGAAGACGUUCUUAUCCAGGUUCCAGUGGGGACCGUGGUGCGCGAAGUGGAUCGGUACGACCCGGUCGCUGAGGAACAGCGACGGCGUGCACUGGAGAGGAAAAUGAAGAAGGAGAAGGCGAAGUCGGGCGAGGGCGAGGACGAGGACGAGCGGCAGGAUCUCGAUUUUCAGCCCAUCCGCCACGACCGCUGGGCCCUCUACCCCGGGGCGAACCCGUCUGAUUUCCUGACGACCGUGUUUCCCAGCAAUCCGCCACGGAGGCAGAAUAUUGCUGCGCUCGAACCGCGUGCGCCUAUAUACCUGGAUCUCUCGCAACAUAUGGACAAGCCGGUCUUGCUAGCUGCAGGGGGCGCUGGGGGUCUGGGAAAUCCGCAUUGGGUCUCCCGUGAGAACCCUCGGCCUAAGUUUGCUUCGCGCGGAGAAGGAGGUAAGCGCUUGGAGCUAGAGUUUGAGCUGAAACUGCUUGCGGAUGUUGGGCUAGUCGGCAAGCCGAAUGCUGGGAAGAGCACAUUACUACGGUCACUGACGAACAGCCGGACUCGCAUUGGCAAUUGGGCGUUCACUACGCUCGAGCCCAAUAUUGGGACCGUGGUCAUUGACAACGACAAAGGGCGGCCACUCGUUGAACUCAAAAACAAGCCCCCUCGGAAACGGUUCACGAUCGCUGAUAUCCCGGGUUUGAUCAAAGGCGCCCAUUUGGAUCGUGGCUUGGGCUUGGGAUUUCUGCGGCACAUUGAGCGGGCAGGGAUCCUGGCCUUCGUAGUCGAUCUUAGCGCUGGAGAUCCCGUCCAAGAGCUACAGGAACUGUGGAAUGAGCUCGGGAAAUACGAAGAGCUGCGUGACAUGGGCGGAACUUCCAAUGAGAGCGGCGACGAUCCGACCUGGGACUUGCCAAUGCGUAGCCUUCCAGAACUACAAGGCGACAGUGAUAAGGCAAUAUCUCAACCCAAGGACAGACUUCCCGAGCUUGACUUUCCCGCUAAUCAUACGAAGCCCUGGUUUGUUGUGGCUACGAAGUGCGAUCUCCCCAAAACGAGAGAGCGCUUCAAAGCGCUUCAGGAAUACCUUUGCGGAGUCGAGCAGGGCAAGCAUGAGCAUCCCUCAGGAUAUGCUAAAGGUUGGAAAGAAGGGAUAUCUGCAAUCCCUGUGAGUGCCAUUAAUGCUGAGAAUGUCCAGCAGAUUCCCAAGCUGGUGAUGCAGCUUCUGUAGAGGCUUUAAGGAGCAUCUUUCUGUAUAUUCAAUGUGAAAUAAACUCUCCUAAGACGGUC